ACGUCCAGCAGCUGUUGGUGGUUAAAGAAGAAGUUCCCCCCUCCAGUGUGGACCAGGAGGACCCAGAGCCCCGACACAUUAAAGAGGAGCAGGAGGACCCAGAGCCCCCACACAUUAAAGAGGAGCAGGAGGACCCAGAGCCCCCACACAUUAAAGAGGAGCAGGAGGAGCUGUGGAGCAGUCAGGAGGGAGAGCAGCUUCAAGGUCUGGAGGAGGCUGAUAUCACCAAGUUCCCAUUCACUCCUGUCCCUGUGAAGAGUGAAGAUGAUGAAGAGAAACCUCAGUCCUCACAGCUUCAUCAAAGACUAACUGAACAGAUGGAAACAGAAGCUGAUGGAGAGGACUGUGGAGGACCAGAACCAGACAGGGACUCACAUCCAGAUACACAUUUACAACCAGAGACUGAGGACAAGACUGGAGACUCUUCUGAACCUGAGACUGAGGACAGUGAUGAUUGGAGGGAGACCAGAGAACCUCAGUCAGGUUUAAACUCUCUGAAAAAUGAUCAAGUCAGUGAGAAACCAUUCAGCUGCUCCGAGUGUGGGAAAAGAUUUGGUCGCAAGGACAAUCUGCAGCAGCACAUGAAGACUCACACAGGAGAGAAACCUUUCAGCUGCUCUGAUUUUUGUAAUAAAUCUUUUACAGAGAAUGGAUAUUUACAGAAGCACAUGAGAACUCACACAGAAGAGAAAUCAUUCAGCUGCUCUGAGUGUGGGAAAAGAUUUGAUAAAAGUGGAAACCUGAAGCAACACAUGAGAACUCACACAGGAGAGAAACCUUUCAGCUGCUCCGUUUGUAAGAAAUCUUUUGCACAGAAUGGAAGUUUACAGACACACAUGAGAAUCCACACAGGAGAGAAAAUAUUCAGCUGCUCUGUUUGUCAGCAGACUUUCAGGUGGUGUCAUCAGCUCAGAAACCAUCAGUGUGACCACGGAGAACCUGAACCAAUCAGGAACCGAGUCCUGCUGCCCCGCCCCCCCAGUGAUGAGCAGGUGGUUUUUGUGUACCUGUAG